GUUGUACAUCGCGCGAGCAUCGAAACGCGUCGAAACGCGAGGCGGCCGGAUCGGACUGACUCGCGAAAAUCGAUCGGCGCCCCGUCUCGCGCGCGUCGUCGUCCUCUCUCGCGACGGUUAUAGCGGCGUGCCCGCGCGACGAGGAAGCGUGUGCAGCGUGUCGCACGCCGACAGCACGCGUCGCGAGGAGUGCUUCGCCGUGUGCCAAAAGCGCGGUGCGAAGGAGGAUCCGUGGGAGCGCGAAAACGGCGGCUCUCCUGCUCUCGUAACGCCGGCUGAAGCCGCCGCGCCUCGCACUCCGAAGGCGAGAAAUUUCGUGGGAAAUUCAGCCGGUGUCGUCACCCGCCGGUGACCCGCCACCACCGCCACCGCCACCGCCACCGCCACCGCCGUCGUUGCCAUCGGUCCGCGAUCGGACCGCGAUCGUUAUCGAGAUCGGACGGGGGAGAUUUUCCCGCUGCGAGUGAGUGCGAAAUCUCCUCGGGAAGAGCGUGAGAAACGACGGCGCCGAUGGGAACGCCGGGAUUCAGUGCCGAGCCGUCGGUGGUCGGUGGUAAAGCGGAAUAAAUGGUUCGCCCGCGAGAUGUGCGUGUGAUCGGUACUUCCACUGACUAAUUUAAAAAAGUAAAGGAUAAACCGGGAGGACGGAAGUUUUAACUGGAAUAUAUUUUUUUUGCGAAAUCACGAACAUUCGUUGUGCGUGACUGGCUGUAUCUACUCGCGAAAAAAAAAAUCGGCCCAUUACGGGUUGUUGCAGAUCAAAGCGACUAAUAUCGUUAUAAAAAACUGAAAAGGAUUGAUCCUAAAUUAGUCUUUAAAUUUUUUAGAGGAAGUUAACGAGAGUAGAGAGAGAGAAAGAGAGAGCGAGUGAGAGAGAGAGAGAGAGAGAGAGAGAGAGAACGCACGGAAGCGAGAACGAACGACCGUGUGUAACGGCCGUGUAUGACUAUCCGUAACUAUAUAGCGGUGAAAUUUUUGCGCUGUCAAGAAGUAAAAUAAUCCGCGUCAAUGAAAAACGGAGCAUCCGAAAAAUAGAGUCGAUUAAUUCCAGAACGAAUUUCACGAACACGCCUCGUCGAUUUCGAGUAUUUUGCCGUUUUUUACAUACGUUUUAUAUCAUCGUUUUUUCGUAUAACGAACGGUGGUAGCAACUGUAUACAUCUUAUAUUUUUGACGGUCUUUUCUCUCCUCGCGAAAAAAGAAGAUCCACGAGACAAUACGUGGGAGAUGAUCGAUCACGACGGAAAUUGAGGACCAGUACGAUAACAACGGAAGUAUCGUGCGUGUGUCGAAGUGCAACCGAGUUGACCGAUCUGUCAUCGCCAUUGUCGAAUCGCCUAACGGCUGCCCUAAGCCCCCGAAGGGAGGGUAACCCCAGAGGGACGAUAAUCCCCGCGGAGAAAGGCGGUGGUGCUUCGUCAGGACGCGUUGCGCCAUUUCAGGUGCGAGCCUCGAGCCUUCCGCUCGAGUGCUUUAGCCGAGAGCUCUCGCUCGGCUCUCGCGAAUCACGCGGCAAAAGAAAGCAUUCAACGGACAUCAAAAGACCCGAUGAUUAAUGAACGCGAGUAAUUAAGAAACAUUAAGGAAGACUGCCGAAGGACUCUUCGAGAUCCUCGUACUAUUCGAAGAGCGUGUUAGCCCUCUCCCUCCCCUUCGCUGCGCCCUCCCCUCGACAGGAUCUUCGCCGGAGGACAUCGCCGCGGUGUCGGCGGUGGGAGGAGGCCGUCUACCUUCGAGAUCGUCCGGAACGCCUCAACGUGAUACGUACCGAAGUGUAAACGAGUGCAACGAUUAAUCAAGUGAUUAAUGAUUGUCCCACGACUUGGGGGAUAAAGUUGCUCGACUAAUCCUUUCGUUCGUAUCCGGACGUUGGGAACUUUCCAGACACAGGGUAGCGCGAGGGGGCAAGGUGCGCGACAAUAACGCGAAUGAAUUCGGGAGGAGACGGGAUAAGUAGAGUGGAUCGAAAUUAGAAUCGUGUGCAGCCGGUGGAAGAGGGUCGGCGCUCGAUCGGGCAGAGACCGGCUGGCCCAAGCGCAGGUUGCACCACUGAAAAGAAUUCAUUUGCUUAAAGCGAUCUUUCGCUACACAGUCCACCUCCCUGUAAAAUUGUUUAUUACAUGGAGGACACUCCGAACGAAAGUGUGUACCUCUGUCCGGUAAAAUAAUAACGAUAAUAACGACACGCGCGCGCGCGCACGCACGCACUCUCGAGGCAUUAACGAUAUCGAAAAUGAUUUGUAAUAAUCGAUCAUAGAGCGUCAGCGAGGAAUAUCGACGGGAUUCCGAUACCGGCCGGAUGUUUUCGAAUGUCCAUCUUUAUUUGAGCCGGCGACAGACGUCAAUUUGAAGCGUAACGGUGAGUAAUCUGGACCUCCAUGCAUCUUCCUCGACGAGCGACGAAUGCCGGGAUGUAAUCGACAACGAUAGUUGCCGAACGUUAACAAAUCACAAUCAGGGCAACGGGAGAAAUUGCGUGAUCGGAAAACGGCGAUAAAGCAAGGAAGACUGCGUGACGAAAUCGUUACCGUCGAGAACCUAUAGUUUAGGAAGAGUUUGAUGGAUGUAAGAGAAAUAAUGGUAAUGUAGCGACCUCAAUGAGAGAGCAAUUGCACACCCUCAAGUCUGAGAACGAUAAAGUUAAGAGAGGGUAAUCGAAGGCAACCACGUGAAAACAAUCGGCCGCUGUUGAACUCGAUAUCGCGACAUAAUAAAAAAACUACGAUAUAUUUUAGCAACGGAUCGAUUGAGAAAGGACAAAAAUAAUGAUAGCCAUAGACACGAGGAUAUUAUUCUGAAAUAUUAAAUUGGUGUAAUAGCAGCGGGACGGCGCAACGAGACGCGGAUUAAGGACGCAGUGAAGGAAGCGGAGAUUUGUCAGCCAGGCACUUCGAUGCGCCUCGACGGCGGGCAUUUGGGCCUGAAGGAUCCACGCUCGUGCCGGGAACGACGGAUUUGAACGUGCCACCCAAGUGCCCGGCGAAGGUGUCGCAUCCCCUUCGUGGGAUGGCACUCGGGACGCUGGCCGAGAUAGCGGUGAGACUCGUGAUUAGCGGCUACAUAUUCGCCGUGGUCGUCUACGUGAACGCCAGUGGCAACUGGGAUAAGGACGAUGACCUAGUGUCCACAUCUAAGGUCAGCGCCGUACUCGGUCGUACCGCCACUUUGCCUUGCGACAUUGAGCCGUCCACGCGAGAGGAUCGCGUUUACAUGGUGCUUUGGUUCCGUGAUUAUGCGGUGAAGCCCAUUUACAGUUUCGACGUGCGGGGACGGGCUUUCAACAAGGCCCUGAACUGGUCGGACAGCACCGCCGUGGGACCCAGAGCCUACUUCGUCACCGUGACGAAGCCAGCCGCGCUCUCCUUGGAGGCGGUCCAGCUGGACGACGAGGGUAUCUACAGAUGCCGGGUGGACUUCAAGAACUCGCCGACCAAGAACUUCCAAGUGAAUCUCACGGUGAUCGUGCCGCCGCACCAGCUACUCAUUUACGACAGUUCCGGGGUACAGGUGGAGAGCAUCGCCGGGCCAUUCCAGGUCGGCGUAGAGUUCGGUCUGUCCUGCGAGGUGAGGGGAGGGAAACCCACGCCGGUGGUGAGUUGGCUGGUGAACGGCAAGGAGGUGGACGGCAGACUCGAGGAGUUCGGCCAGAACAUCGUCGUCAGCAAAUUGACGGUGCCGCAGCUGCGGCGGGAACACCGCAACACCACGUACAAAUGCCAGGCGGCCAACACGCAUCUCAUACCGCCGCUGGAGAAGACCGUGAUCCUCGACGUUUACCUAAAACCGCUCACCGUGAAGAUACUGUCAAAGCUAACGGUCAUGGAGACGGAGAAGGACUACUCCAUCACCUGCGAGACGACAGGCUCGCACCCCCGCGCUCGCAUCACCUGGAUCGAGGGAAACGAGACGUUCCGAAACGGCAAGGUAAUGGAGAGCGGCAACGCGUCGGCGAUUCUGAGCACCCUGAUAUUCUCACCCGUCCCCGAUGAUCACGGCAAGAUCCUCAAGUGCCGCGGCGAAAACCCGGCCCUGACGGACGCGUACCUGGAGGACUUCUUCAAGUUGAAUGUCGUCUUUCCGCCUAAGGUACAGUUGCAUCUGGGCAGCACUCUGAACGCGGAGAACAUAAAGGAGGGCGACGAUGUGUACUUCGAAUGCAAAGUCCGCGCCAAUCCGGAGCAUCACAAAAUUACUUGGCGCCACAACGGCGGCGUGCUGACGCAAAACUAUUCGGCCGGCAUCAUCAUGAGCACUCAGAGCCUGGUGCUGCAGGGCAUAGGUCGUGACAACGCGGGGAAUUACACGUGUCUCGCCAGCAACGAUCGCGGGGAGACGACCAGUCCGAUUGUGAACCUGAGAGUACAGUUCGCGCCGGUUUGCAAGAUGAAGGAGGUGACGAUUAUCGGGGCUUCCCUGGAGGAGUCCGUUAAGGUGCGCUGCGAGGUCGACGCCGACCCCAGCGAAGUGGACUUUGUCUGGGAGUUCAACAACAGCGGCGAGAACUUCGAAGUCGCGCCGGCCAAGUUUGACGGUAACAACGGCACCAUGAGCGAGCUCGUCUACACCCCCGAAUCCGAGAGGGAUUACGGCGCCCUGACCUGUUGGGGUAGGAACGCGAUAGGGAAGCAGGAGGCGCCCUGCAUCUAUCAAGUUAUUCCGGCAGUGAAGCCGAAUCCCCUGAACAACUGCACCAUUAAAGCGUCGCUGAAUCAAAGCUCGGAGAUCCUCGAGGUCGAGUGCGUGCCGGGAUACGACGGCGGGCUUCACCAGGAGUUUCGGCUGGAAGCCUACGAGGUGUUGACCGGCAAUCUUCGCGUGAACGCGUCCAGCGUGUCGGCCGAUCUGCCGAUCUUCCGGAUCGCCGUGGCGGAUCUUCUGCCGGCCACGCACUUUUACCUGGUGACCUACGCCGUGAACGCCAAGGGCCGCAGCGAAGUUUCGCUUCUGGAAGACAUAAUGCUGCGCGAUUCAGAGAAGCAUACAGACACCGGAGUUAGUAUGCUGCCGUUAAUUCUGCUGCUGGUCGGCUGCCUGCUGGCCUUCGGCGCGACCGUGAUCUCCGUAAUGCUGAUGAUGUAUCGACGCCGCGGCACCACGUCGCCGGUACACAUCGAGCCGUACAUGAAGCAACCGAUAAUCACGCCGCCGGACUCGAGGAACAAUUCGAUGCUGGACGUGACCCACGGCGACCACACGUACUUCGUCGAGUACACGCUGAAACAGGUCACCGAUUAUGCGCUCAAUAAUCAACCGGACAUCAUACAAUCGCCCCAAGACCAAGAGAAGAUCAAACGGGAGCCGCAGCUGUUUUUGCCGGUGAGGCCGGACACGCUGUUCGCGCCCUACGACAUUCACAAGCAGGGACUGCAGACAAACAGAUGCAGCCUGAACCCGUUCUCCGCGAAGUCCUGGGAGCCCAUCAGCUUCAAAGCCGAUCGCAACCUGAUGAAGGAGAUCAUCAUCGCCAAUUCCAUACCAGGCCCGGAGAGCUGCGUGUAAACUUGAUCGCGGAAGCGAAUCGGGAGGCGCAACACCUACAUGUACACACACACGUAUACACACACACACACACACACACACACA